AUGAGGCCCUUCAGCCCAAAUGGACCUCAUGUUUACACACUUGUCCAUCAGCUGAGCAGCCUGCGGCCUCAGGUAUCAAGAGAGAUGGUGAGAUGAACCCAAACCUGACCAGCAGGAGGACGCCGGAAAACUCCCCGGGACUGGAACACGGCGGCUCCGGCUCCUUUCUCCCCUGCGACGAGCUGCAGAAACCCUCGCACCUUCCUCCUCCUCCUCUCCCUCACCGCCUCAGCCUGCGCGGGGAUGUGUACGCCGCCGCCAUGGGGAGGUUUGGUGAUGCUGCGGCGGACUUUACGCACGGCGCUGCCCCGGCGAACCCGCCCGCCUCACCAUCCAAACACAGCAAGUUCUUGGACAGUAUAAACCAGGAUCAGAAGGGGAGCGGCAAGCCGGCGUUUUAUGAAACCAGCUCAGAGGUCAGAGAGAAAGGAGCUCCAAAAGCCAUGGGCUAUCCUGGGAUUGGCACAGACUGUUGCGGCAAGCUGAAAGAGUCAGUCGGCGGUUUACAGGGGGACUCCAUCGCUGACUCCAUCGACUUAUCAGGCAAGAACAAGAAGCGACGCAACCGCACCACGUUCAGCACCUUUCAGCUGGAGGAGCUGGAGAAAGUGUUUCAGAAGACACACUACCCUGACGUGUACGCCCGGGAACAGCUGGCACUGAGGACCGAGCUCACUGAGGCUCGGGUUCAGGUUUGGUUCCAGAAUCGUAGAGCCAAGUGGAGGAAACGGGAACGCUAUGGGAAGAUCCACGAGGUGCGCAACCACUUUGCUGCUACAUAUGAUAUCUCUCUCCUCCCUCGCCAUGAUACAUACCAGAUGCAGGGAAACCUGUGGCCAGGGGCAGCCUCAGGAGGAGGCGGUGGUUCAGGUGCUGGUUGUGUCCUAGGAGCCGACUCCAUCCCCUCAUCCUGCAUGAGUCCAUACCCUCACCCCCACAGCAACCUGCAGGGCUUCAUGGGCAUGCCCACAUCCCCCAGCCACCCACACCACCACCACCACCACCACCACCCGUCCCACCAUCCGGGCAUCAAUGGCCUCUACUCGCUCCACGGCUUCCCCGGAGGCCUCGGGUCCCCUUCCAUCGAGGGGCCCGAGACUGAGUACAAGCCAACGGGCCUGGUGGCGCUGCGGAUGAAAGCCAAAGAGCCAGGCAGCAUCCUCUCCUGGCCUACAUGACCACAACAGUGCCAGCUCUCCAUUAUGCACUGACUGAGCCAAAGCAUAUUACAUUCCUGACCCAUGCACAGUCCCAGAUGUACACACCCACCUCAGCAUAUGACUCAAAUAUUUCCUCUUAACAUUUAUGUAAGCCAACUUGGAGACGUUUCAGGAUUCAGAAGAUCUUGGAACACAAAUUUCAUGAACAUUCAGGGCAACUUGAGCCUCCUGCAUGAAACCCAACAUAUUAACAGGAACUUUCUUGUUUCCAGUUUUACUUUAAUAUCACAAUGCUGAGACCAAAGAGGAAAAAUUAUUUAAGCAUGUAAAAAAUGUAAUUAUCAUAUUAAUCUUUGUUUUAUGUCUGUUGUGCUUUAUAGUGUGACCAGUA